UGACGCGCACUAGAGUUUCACAGCCGCGUAACGGUGACAACAGCACUUUCUCACGCGUGGUGGUUAUUAGUUCGAUGCCUUGCGCUGCCGGGAUGGACUCCGGAGCACCACGACCCUGCCUCUGGAUCUCUUUUAUUUUUUUCCCUGUAUAACCACCCCAAAUCGGAAGAGGACAUAUCGCUCGUACGUAUGGGGGGGUCAUCGGCACAGUAAGAGAGACACGACACCACGCAGACGUGCCCACGAAGGGCGUCAGGCAACACGCGCCGCAACGGGACAGGUGAGCGGACAGGUGAGCGGACAGGUGAGCAGGGGUGAGCGCGCGCGCUCUCUUGUCUCUUUGUGAGCGCCUUCUCUCCUGGACACGGACGCGGAUGCGGACUCGCAAGGCUUUCCCUCUGAAAGCAAAGUUCUGGAAGAGGAUGACUCCGUGGAGGACUUUAUUGGAUGUGAUGGUGGCAGUUACCAUGGCAACAGAAUCACACUCCCAGCUCCAUGGCAAGUGUCCGUGUUGGUUACUCACUAUUACUCCCUGUUCCGCUUCCUUCGGACAGGAACAGUUCAUCAUGGGCUCUCACCAAAAAGGAAAAAGCUGCACUGAGUAUCAUCUACAAACACAGUAUUCUGCUACUACUAAUGGUCGUGGCGAACCGGAAUCCAACCUGGAGGUGUAUGGUGCAAGAAUGGAGGGGGGGUACAUCCUGGAUGGGAUCCCAGCAUGUGGCCGAGCCCCCUUGAACACCAAGAUCGUUGGAGGGCAGAAUGCUGCCCCGGGCAGUUGGCCCUGGCAAGUCAGUAUGCGCUACCAGGGAAGUCACGUGUGCGGAGGGUCCCUCAUCAACAACCGGUGGGUCCUGUCCGCUGCCCACUGCUUCGCACUCAUCAGCACAAAUCCAAGCAGGUGGACUAUGGUUCUGGGCCUGCAGACCCAGCAGGGAACCAACCCAAACUCUGUGUCCGUAUCAGUCAGCAAAAUCACCGUGAACCCAAAUUACAAUGGAAACACCAACAACAACGACCUCGCUCUAGUCCAGCUGUCCUCCACUAUCAACUUCAGUGACUACAUCCAGCCCAUCUGCCUGGCAGCCACUGGCAGCACCUUCUACAACGGCACUGAGACCUGGGUCAGCGGCUGGGGAAACAUCCAGUCAGGAGGCGAGUGCGUUCGUCCUGAGGGCCAGCAGGUGGUGGCAUGGUUAGGGAACAGGAGCUUGUCCCUCCCUUCACCCGGGACUCUACAGGAAAUGCAGGUUCCUGUGGUGGGAAACGGGAAGUGUAACUGUCUCUAUGGACCGGGGUCCAUCACGGACAACAUGCUGUGUGCUGGUCUGCUGGCGGGGGGCAAGGACUCCUGUCAGGGGGACUCAGGAGGUCCACUGGUGGUCAAACGGGGUUCCGUCUGGGUCCAGGCCGGGAUCGUGAGCUUUGGUAACGGAUGUGCUGAACCCAGUUACCCAGGAGUCUACACCAGGGUGUCCCGGUAUCAGUCCUGGAUCAGCUCAGUCAUCACCUCCAACCUACCAGGAUUUGUCACAUACUUCUCCAGUGGGACAAACAGUGAUGUCACCUGCUACAAGUCCAGUCACUUAAAUUCUGGCCGGACCCUCUUCUUUCCUUCUGUCCUCCUCUCUCUCCUUCCUUCACUGCUGCUCCUUGGAAAAGCAGCGAGAAAUAAUCAGACAACGAAGAGGACGAUGACUCUGUGGACGGCUCUCUUCACUGUGGUGGCAGUAAUUGCCAUGGCAACAGAAUCACACGCCCAGAAGCCAAUGUGUGGUCAAGCCCCCCUGAACACCAGGAUCGUUGGGGGGCAGAAUGCUGCCCCGGGCAGUUGGCCCUGGCAAGUCAGUAUGCGCUACCAGGGAAGUCACAUGUGCGGAGGGUCCCUCAUCAACAACCGGUGGAUCCUGUCCGCUGCCCACUGCUUCACACUGAUCAGUGCGAAUCCAAGCAGGUGGACUAUGGUUCUGGGCCUGCAGACCCAGCAGGGUACCAACCCGAACGCAGUGUCUGUAUCAGUCAGCAAAAUCACCGUGAACCCAAAUUACAACGGAAACACCCAUGACAACGACCUCGCUCUGGUCCAGCUGUCCUCUACUGUCAACUUCAACAACUACAUCCAGCCCGUCUGCCUGGCAGCCGCUGGCAGCACCUUCUACAACGGCACCAAGACCUGGGUCACCGGCUGGGGAUACAUCCAGUCAGGAGUGUUCCUCCCUCCACCGGGGAUUCUGCAGGAAGUCGAGGUGCCUGUCAUUGGAAACGGGAAGUGUAACUGUCUCUAUGGACCGGGGUCCAUCACCAAGAACAUGCUGUGUGCUGGGCUGCUGGCGGGGGGCAAGGACUCCUGUCAGGGGGACUCAGGAGGUCCACUGGUGGUCAAACAGGGUUCCGUCUGGGUCCAGGCCGGGAUCGUGAGCUUUGGUAACGGAUGUGCUGAACCCAAUUACCCAGGAGUCUACACCAGGGUGUCCCCGUAUCAGUCCUGGAUUAGCUCAGUCAUCACCUCCAACCUACCAGGAUUCGUCACGUACUCCUCCAGUGGGACAAACCGUGACGUCACCUGCUCCGCUUUUGGGAAAACCGAGAUCGGAACGACCUGCGACUCCGAACACAUGGCUCUCUGGAGGAGCGCGCUCACUGUGGCGGCGAUCGUCACCGCGGCAAAAGAAUCACAGUCGCAAGCAAACGUGUGUGGUCAAGCCCCCCUGAACACCAAGAUCGUUGGGGGGCAGAAUGCUGCCCCGGGCAGUUGGCCCUGGCAAGUCAGUAUGCGCUACCAGGGAAGUCACGUGUGCGGAGGGUCCCUCAUCAACAACCAGUGGAUCCUGUCCGCUGCCCACUGCUUCGCACUCAUCAGCGCGGAUCCAAGCGGUUGGACUAUGGUUCUGGGCCUGCAGACCCAGCAGGGAACCAACCCAAACUCUGUGUCCGUAUCAGUCAGCAGCAUCACCGUGAACCCAAAUUACAAUGGAAACACCAACGACAACGAUCUCGCUCUGGUCCAGCUCUCCUCCACUGUCAGCUUCAGUGACUACAUCCAGCCCAUCUGCCUGGCAGCCUCUGGCAGCACCUUCUACAACGGCACCGAGACCUGGGUCACCGGCUGGGGAAACAUCCAGUCAGGAGUGUCCCUCCCUUCACCCGGGACUCUACAGGAAGUGCAGGUUCCUGUGGUGGGAAACGGGAAGUGUAACUGUCUCUAUGGACCGGGGUCCAUCACGGACAACAUGCUGUGUGCUGGUCUGCUGGCGGGGGGCAAGGACUCCUGUCAGGGGGACUCAGGAGGUCCACUGGUGGUCAAACAGGGUUCCGUCUGGGUCCAGGCCGGGAUCGUGAGCUUUGGUAACGGAUGUGCUGAACCCAAUUACCCAGGAGUCUACACCAGGGUGUCCCAGUAUCAGUCCUGGAUCAGCUCAGUCAUCACCUCCAACCUGCCAGGAUUUGUCACGUACUUCUCCAGUGGGACAAACAGUGACGUCACCUGCACCGCAACAGCCGCAGUCAUCUCUUCCAUGAAUGUCCUCUUUUCCUCUAUCCCCCUCUUUCUGUUUCCUUCACUGCUGCUCAUUGACACCCUCUUCUAAGUCUCAUGCUGAAAAUUUUCUUAUUUUCAUCCAGUUGUAAUCCAAACAGUUGAUUAAAUUCAUUUUCAUUUGGCUCCCUUACCAACCAGGUUCUUAAGAUCAAGGGUAAAAAAUACAGAGAGAUUAGCAACUGUGAUUACCAUAAAUAAUAAAGGAAAUGUAAUAAGUUAAAAUAAGUGAGGGGUGUAACCAGAAGACAAAGCAGAAGGAUGGUAUAGGAACUAUGUAAACCAGAAUGAAAAGCUGACAUAAAUUUAAAAACAAUAUACAGUUAACAUAAAAGAUAUGCAUAUUUGCAUGUAACUGUAGAAAACAUCAAUUUAUGAAGGCAACAGUUUUUAAAGUAGUAGCUCUUCUCCUCUAAUUUCCAGGUUGAAAAUAAGUGGGUCUCCUUCUUACCUCUUAGAUUAUUACUCCUCGAUAUAUAGGGAAUAACUGAUAAAAUGCAACUGCAUUUUCAUAGUUAUAUUAGUGAUUGAUUCAUGAUUAGUCACCGCAUAACCAAUACAGGGUUUCGGACAUACACACAUAUGUAUUCUUUAGAUCCUUCAGCUUUACGGCUUCCAUUAAACGUGAGAUCUCAAAUGCAGAGUUCAGACAGAAAUACCACGAAGGAAAUUGCGUGUUUAUACCAGCUUACUGCUGUACAAAGAGCACGUUGGACUUUGUAGCGCUUAGAGUGAAAUGAAGGCACCAAAGAAGGUGAGCUUCUACAUUCCUGUGUCACCUUCUCAUGUACUCAUGAGUAGGUUCCUCACAUGGACAAAGUGACAUGUCUCAUAACUCCUGCAGGAUUGAUCUAGAGUCCCGUCAGAGCUUAGAACAAAAGGCAAACUUGGUUUGUUCACAAGGUUUCAUUUCUUUUUCUUUGAAUCACUGCAUGUGUUGUGAUAAUAAUCACAAUAAUAAUCACUGUAACCUCUCAGGGCGUUCGGGUUUCAUGUCAACAUCAUCUAACCUCAACAUUUCGUUCUCUUUUCAUAAAGGGUAAAUAAAAGGAAAUAAAUAAA